AACAGAAGGAUGAUUAUCACAUCUAUAAGAAAAAACUGAAGAUAUGUUAUAUUAUUUGUGAUCUUAACGAUUGGUUAUUAAUUGGAGCAACAUCCAAAACUGUAGGCUGUCCCCGAGAAUUAGGUCCUACAGAGGUGGGAACUCCACGUUAUAAUAACAAUGAUCAGGAAAACUAUGAAUUAAACUAUAUAAACCCCAGGAAAACAGAACAACGGAUCAGCAGCUGGCCCCCAAAGAAACAACAAGCAACAACCACGUCUAUUGAGAAAGAAACUCUAAGCAAUAUUCAAGUUGCAAUACAUCGCAUACAUAGAAUCAAGAUUUCAAGUAAAUUCUCAUCCGAAACAGGAAGUAUUGCCACUUAUGACAUCCAGAUCAUAGGCGCAGUCGAUAACAUUAUAACAAAAAACGGCUUUCAGAAGGAGAUGACCGAUUCUGAUGAGCGACGAGUUCAGCUGCAAGAAAAGAGUACCCAAGAGCAGAUAAGAUGCUGGAGAGAAGUAGGAAGGCAAAACACCAAGUCUUCCAACUACCAGCUCGGAAAGUAUAGAAACAAGAGGAGGAAACCCCGGGAACACAAUCAGAAGCCAAGAAGAAGCAAAAAAGAAUCAAAAGAAUGA